GCGAAGCCCGCGUGCACGACAAAACAACUACCGAGGGAGAAGGAAGUUGACAGCUGGUUAAUAUUUAGUGGUGUUGCCUGGUGGUGAGACUGGAGCGACCUUUGUGAACCAGUCAUCUCAUUGUCCUCAGCUUAGAGCGAUGCCACUUUGAAGAAUGAGACCCUUCUCCUGACACUGGGAGGGUACUCCUCCCCCCAACCUUAGCAACCCGGACUCUCUACCUACCUACCUACCUACCUACCUCACCCCUGACCCCCAUUACCUCACCCCUGACUAACCCAUAAACCCUCCCCUCUAAUUACUACCUCAACACACUCCUCUAUGUAAACCUGCUGCUCUUAAGCCGCUCUGUCCCCACCCUCCUGAGUAUUACAUUACAUUCAAUACACCAACAGGGGGAAUUUAAAAAAGCAUUGUCAGUGCCUACUCCCUGGUGUCCAUUUUGUGCCCAGAGUGUAUCCUCAGUAGGGUGCUCUAAGCCUGUGUACUGGCACGUGACGAUGCUGCUGAACUUCGAGUGACGUCCCCACUCUGUGAUGUCAGAGGCUGGAGGAGAGGGGCGGGACCAGAGUGGGAAUCUCUCGUUUGUGGUUGGCUGUGUCGAUGAAGACCACCGAGGCUCAGAAGAAGGAGGAAGAAUAAAGAACGAGGGAGAGAUGCGAAAAGGAGAGGAGGAGGACGAUGACAAGGAUGAUGACUCGCCUCCAGAGAGGCAGAUCGUGGUGGGCAUCUGCUCCAUGAUGAAGAAGUCCAAGUCAAAGCCCAUGACCGAGAUCAUGGAAAGGCUGUGUAAGUUUGAGUACAUCACGGUGGUCAUCUUCCCCGAGGAGGUCAUCCUCAGCCAGCCCGUGGACAAAUGGCCCCUGUGUGACUGCCUCGUCUCCUUCCACUCCAAAGGUUUCCCAUUGGACAAAGCGGUAGAGUACGCCAAACUCAGAAACCCGCUUCUCAUCAAUGACCUGAACAUGCAGUACUACAUACAAGACAGGAGGGAGGUGUAUCGUAUCUUGCAGGAGGAGGGCAUUGAUCUUCCUCGUUACGCUGUGUUAACCCGAGACCCAGACAGACCUGAAGAGUGUAACCUGGUGGAGGGGGAGGAUCAUGUGGAGGUGAACGGGGAGGUGUUCCCCAAGCCCUUUGUGGAGAAGCCUGUGAGUGCUGAGGACCAUAACGUUUACGUCUACUACCCCACCUCAGCUGGAGGAGGCAGCCAGAGACUCUUCCGCAAGAUAGGGAGCCGCAGCAGUGUGUACUCCCCAGAGAGCUGUGUGAGGAAGACUGGCUCCUACAUAUACGAGGAGUUCAUGCCAACGGACGGCACGGAUGUCAAGGUGUACACAGUGGGCCCUGACUAUGCCCAUGCUGAGGCCAGGAAGUCCCCAGCCCUGGACGGUAAGGUGGAGAGGGACAGCGAGGGGAAAGAGAUCCGCUACCCUGUCAUGCUCUCCGCCAUGGAGAAACUGGUGGCCCGCAAGGUCUGCCUGGCCUUCAAGCAAACUGUGUGUGGCUUCGACCUCCUGAGAGCAAACGGCCACUCCUUCGUCUGCGACGUCAACGGCUUCAGCUUCGUGAAGAACUCCAUGAAGUACUAUGACGACUGUGCCAAGGUCUUGGGGAACAUGGUGAUGCGAGAGCUGGCCCCUCAGUUCCACAUCCCUUGGUCCAUCCCCCUGGAGGCUGAGGACAUACCCAUAGUCCCCACCACCUCAGGAACCAUGAUGGAGCUGCGCUGUGUCAUCGCCAUCAUCCGCCACGGAGACCGCACCCCCAAACAGAAGAUGAAGAUGGAAGUCCGACACCCUCUAUUCUUUGCGCUGUUUGAAAAGUAUGGAGGCUACAAGUCAGGGAAACUGAAGUUGAAGAAACCCAAACAGCUACAGGAAGUGCUGGACAUUGCCCGGCUCCUACUGGCUGAGUUGGGACAGCACACAGACUGUGAGAUCGAGGAGAAGAAGGGUAAACUGGAGCAGCUCAAGACGGUCCUAGAGAUGUACGGCCAUUUCUCAGGCAUCAACAGGAAGGUGCAGCUCACCUACCUGCCCAACGGACAGCCCAAAGCCUCCAGUGAGGAAGAAGAGUGUCCAACGGAGGGUCCGUCUCUGCUGCUGGUGUUGAAGUGGGGCGGGGAGCUGACCCCGGCAGGCAGGGUACAGGCUGAGGAGCUGGGCAGGGCCUUUCGCUGCAUGUACCCUGGAGGACAAGGGGACUACGCUGGUUUCCCUGGCUGUGGUCUGCUCCGUUUACACAGCACCUACCGCCACGACCUGAAGAUCUACGCAUCAGACGAAGGCCGUGUUCAGAUGACCGCCGCCGCUUUUGCCAAGGGUCUGCUGGCUCUGGAGGGGGAGCUGACUCCCAUCCUGGUGCAGAUGGUGAAGAGUGCCAACAUGAACGGCAUGCUGGACAGCGACAGCGAGUCUCUGACCGACUGCCAGCAGAGGGUGAAGGUACGGCUCCAUGAGAUAAUGCAGAAAGACCAGGACUUCACUGAGGCCGACUACCAAAAGCUGGCCCCUACAGGCAGCCCCUCCCUGGUCACCUCUAUGAAGACCAUAGGGAACCCUGUGAGGACGUGUGACCAGGUCUACGCCCUCAUCCAGAGACUCACCUCCCAGAUCCGCAGGAGGCUGGAGGACCCCAAAUCUGCAGACCUGCAGCUGUACCACAGUGAGACCCUGGAGCUGAUGCUGCAACGCUGGUCCAAGCUGGAGCGGGACUUCCGGAAUAAGAGCGGUCGCUACGACAUCAGUAAGAUCCCAGACAUCUACGACUGUGUGAAGUACGACACGCAGCACAACGCCACGCUGGACCUAGAGGACACACUGGAGCUGUUCAGGCUGUCCCGAGCCCUGGCCGACAUCGUCAUACCUCAGGAGUAUGGCAUCAAUAAGGCAGAGAAGAUGGACAUUGCCCAGGCCUACUGCCUUCCCCUGAUGAAGAAGAUUCAGCUGGACCUGCAGAGGACCCACGAGGACGAGGCCGUCAAUAAGCUGCACCCGCUGUACUCGCGGGGGGUCAUGUCUCCGGGGCGCCACGUCAGGACCCGUCUCUAUUUCACCAGCGAAAGCCACGUCCACUCACUGCUCAGCAUCUUCCGCUACGGGGGAUUACUGGACGAAGUGAAGGACCAGCAGUGGAAACAGGCCAUGGAUUACCUCAGCGCCGUCUCUGAACUCAACUACAUGACCCAGAUAGUCAUCAUGCUGUAUGAGGAUAACAACAAGGACCCUGGGUCAGAGGAGCGUUUCCACGUGGAGCUCCACUUCAGUCCCGGGGUGAAGGGCUGUGAGGACGAGGAGAACGUCCCUCUGGGCUUUGGCUUCCGCCCAGCCUCCGCUGAGAACCAGGAGAAGCAGACCAACCAAGGCAGUCUGGAGGACCUAUCACAGGACGAGACUGACCGGGCCCUGUCGCUCUCUGAGCCAAUCAGCAUCAAAAGAUCCCCCAUGAUCCGCAACCGCAAGACUGGCUCCAUGGAGGUCCUCUCCGAGACCUUGCCCACCUCCUCCAAGGGCACCUCCUAUCGCCUCUUCCCCUCAUGCUCAUGCCAGUCCCCCGAGAUUAAACAGACUGGCCUAGGCUUUGAAGGCUGCUCCAUGGUGCCCUCUAUCUACCCGCUGGAGACAUUACACAACUCGCUGUCCCUCAAGCAGGUGGACAAGUUCCUCAAUGCCGUGUGUGAGCAUAGCAGCGAUGCCCACGCCAAGACCAUGAAAGGUAAGCAUUCUAGUCAGAGCCAUGCAUUUAGAGAGUUGGGCCAUUGA